AUGACCACCACACCACCCAACGACGUUGACAUUGAAAUGGACCCGCCGAGCGAUAUGGAAGACGAGGCCUUCGAAGAUGAUACCGCCCUGGCCGCCCAGGUAAAAGAGCAUGAGGAUGCCCUCAUCGCGCAAGCAUCGUCCCGCGAAGAUCGAUACAAGGAAAUUCCGCAUGUCAACGGUGUCUUCUCUGAACUGAAGACUCCGUGCGUAUCUCGCGUGCGCUCGGCCAAAGACAUUUGUCGAAGCUUUGGCUAUUCCAAUCCUGCUGACCUCGUCCACUUCCUCGAACGCACGCGCAUUGCGACGGAUAUCACCGAGUUCAACGAGACCCGUCUAGAGUUUUGCAAGAAGCAGGAACUCGACAAACUACCGCGCCCCGAGCUGCCGCACAUACUCACCGCCAUCACUCGUCUCAAUGCUGCUGGUGGAGACUCCUUCAACAUGUCCGCGCAAGACAUGCGCAGCAAUCCGCCAUCCAACCUCAACGACAUUUACGCUAUUGCAUGCAAUCGCUUCGCUAGCAACUGGUUCCGGGCCAGCAACGCUCCCCUGCGUGGCCAUCCAAUCCCGCCGGCCUUAUACAUGGACCGCGUCAAUGCAUUGUUGAAGUUCUACGACAGAAAGAAGGGUGGGAUAUAUGCCGUCAACGCAAAACGCCAGUUGAAGCAUGUCGCCGGGAGGAGCAGGACCAUCGAAGCCGUGCAACAGUCUGCCAAAGACACGGAAGUGACGCCCUCGUUGCCCUCGCGAAAACAAGCUGGCCGUGACAAGGCUCGCGUUGCAGCUGUGGCAAAGUGCCAUCGCGAAACUCAACGUCUUCAACGUGAGCAUGCUGAACUCGAGAAAGCCCAACUUGAGACCGCAUUGGAAAUGGAGGCGUUGGAUGCAGAGGGUGAGCACGCUCAUACCAAGGAACGAGACGAUGUCGACGCAGAGGAGAAGAAGAGGCUCUUGACAGCGCUCAAACAACGACACGAUGCCGCCGCCAGCACCCUUGCCAACAUCAAGCGAUCGAGUCCUCACGGCGAUUUGGAUCCAGGCAUGAUUGAGCUGGUACACCCUCCCAACGUUGGCCUCGGUGACAUGACGGCUAAGUCCAAAGCUGCGGCUCCGGUAGAUUAUACGGCCUCUCAGUACACCAAGGACGAAAGCAACCCACGUGCGUCGUGGUUCUUCCAAGGAUUGCCAAUUGGAAUCACCGAGGCCCACAUGGACGAACUUCUGGACUUCGACUCAACUUGUUUCGAGUGUGAGACUUGUGAGCUUGGGCACCUCAGCGAUCCCACGUUCACAGUUGGUGGUCAUGAUGCCCGGAGUGAAGAUCCUGUCGUCGCUGGUGGACAAAGCGCUGCUGAAAUCACCAAAACCCUCAGCGCCGCUUCACUUGAACAAGACACCGACAACGGAGACGCGGAUGUAGAGAAGCCAUUGGUAGAAACCACCAAGGCCGACCUGGCAGCUGCAGAACUCAGUAAAUCCACCAUGGCCCAGCGCAUGUCUCGUCUGACCAACAUGCGCAAAGUGACCAGCUGGGAAAAGGUGAAGACUCGGGCGACGAUUGAAGCGGUAGAGGAACCGUCUUUUUCAACGCAGAUCCUGAUGGACAAGGCUUAUGAGGGAAUUGAGCUGAGUGCUGAUGGUGAGGAGCAGUUAGAUGAAGCUGGAGAUGCUGCUGACGCGCCAUCUUCCAACAUCAACGACCCCAGCCUGCGCCUCAACGUUGAAACCGCCGUCCGCUUGAUGGAUAACGCCGCCUACCAGCCCAAGGACUAUGAGAAGGCCUUGAACGUUUGUCAAAUUGCGCACCGCAAAAACCCGAGGAUCCCUGGACAGAACCCUAAUGGCCAUUCCAUGCUGUGGUGGCAAACUACUGGCGCCGCUGAGGGUGUGAGGAGAAGGGAAGCAGCAGACGCCUUGCGUGCUUCGCAACUGAUGAAGCUGAUUGAAGCCAACGACCCAAAUGCGCUUGCGAAGUCCGAGAAAGGUGUGCCUCAAGGCAUUAUCUACGCUGAUGAAGUUGGUAUUGGGAAGACCGAUACAUAUGCCGCCCAGUGCCUUAUCCAAAUCAACCGACGCAAACUGGACCUCUUGACCAUGAUGCAGGCUGGCGAUAUCGAGGCCUUGGAGAGUUAUCCGGCUCCUAAGCCGCACUUGAUGCUUACGCAGCCACAUCUUGUCACCCAGAUGGCGAGUGCCUUGGCCAACUUCUCCAGCAUGUUCAAAGUUUUCAUCUAUGGUGCGCGGUCCAACUCAGAUCCGGCGGGGAUUACACGCAUUGUCGAGCGCCUCACAAGGGACAGUCCCUUCUUCAAUCCGAAAAAUGAGUUGAACAGCCAAGUGUUCAUCGUGUGCGCGUACCCGACCUUCCACGUUCGCCAUGGUCCGGCCGCUGUCACCCGGUAUUUGCGUGGCUCUGGCUCCACAAAGCAGAAGGCCCACAUGAAUCGGUUUGAGCUGGUGAGGCGCAAAGGAGACUCGGAGUGGCGGCCUGAUUUCGAACUUGACGAGCUGUUUUCUGAGAUUUGUCUGGACGAGGCUCAAAACACGAAAGGUAUGUUUCUCUAUCACGUUGGCAGAUGA